AUGCAGCCCCAACAAGUCCAAAACCGGUGUAGUAGAGACCACUGUACCGCACACACCUCAUUCCAUUUCCCGCAUCGCUACACGCCCAACCCACACUUUAUCAAUCAAGACUCCAAGAUCUUCCGCAAGCUCGAUGAGAGCCUUGUAUCCUUUGGCGGCCUGCCUCUCGAAGGCCUGCGCUCGGUAACACUAUGCGGCAUGCGCGGUAUCGGGAAGAAGACGCUCGCGCGCGAGUACAUGAUCCAGCGGGAAUCAGACUUCGACGUCUGUUUUUGCAUCUCUGUGCGGAAUAUUGAAGCAGAUUUCAAGGCGAUCUGUGAGUGGUUCGGGCUCGCGGGAAGCGUGCGCCGGACAGGUAAGGAAGGAUUGACGGGAGAUCUAGCCAGGGGCUUGGUGAAGAGAUGGCUGACCGAUCCGUGCUUGAGAGACGGUGAUACGACUUGGAGGGUGAAGUGGCUGCUCGUAUUUGAGGAUGCGGAAGAGCCCGAGCAACUGCGUGCCUGGUGGCCAAAGGAGAAAGAUGGGGCUGUGAUCAUCACAACCACCAACGCAGCCUUCAAACACAGAGGAUGGUCUAAGGCGCCAGCAAUCGACGUACAGCCUCUCAUUCCGUGGAUGGGCCGCGACCUGCUCGCCAGCUUGACACGAGCAAGACAUGUACGGGAAGACGGUAGCGAGGACGAGGAUUACGCACAGUAUUACAACAGGAAGUCUUUCGGCGAGAAGAUCGCAAAAGCGCUGGGUGGGAUCCCGGGAGCGAUCGCCAUGAUGUCUGAGAUCUCGCUUGAGCAAUGGAGGGCGACGGAUCAGCUGUUGUGCAACAGACACGGGGCCGCGUCGUCCGCAAGGACAUGGUCCGCCUCAGGGAUAAAAUCAGUGUACGAUAGCCUAGGGAAGAUAUGGGAGGGCAGGCCGGAAGUCGGACUAGUUAGCGUAUUCAUUGCGGCAGGAUGUACGAACAUCGCGGAACGGUUAUUCUACGAUGAUCCGCGACCUGCAAAGAACCCUUCGCGAGCGGAGACAAAGCGGACCGAAAGGAUAUCUCAGCACAGAGAGCAGUUGCACGGGCUGCUUCCUGCGUUCAAGGUGCUAGAUAGAUGGGCGUAUGAAGCCGCACGGGGCUACCUGCUCAAGUUCUCGGCCGCACAUGUCGGCGAUGAAGGGAAGCCAAACUCGGAGCUUUCCGUGCCGUGGAUUGUCCAGGAGAUCGUGCGAAAUACUACGAGAGCGAACGUUGAUCGGCAUGGGCGGUUUGUGCCUGGGCCUCCAUUACGAGCUGCGAUUGAGGCGUAUUAUCUGAACGGUCCUACAGGCCAGGCGUAUUUCCAUUGA